AUGUGGAUUAUCUGCCUCUUGCUGUUGCCCCUUGUGGCGGCCAGUUCCAAUACAAGACUUCUAAAUGGCAUCCUUAAUCAUGUGGACAAGGAGGCCAAUCCCUGUGAGAACUUCUACAACCACGCCUGCGGCCAGUACAACAUGCGUCACAUGGACGACACCUUUUUCGACAUUAUACAAAUGCUGGAUCACCAGGUUAACCAGAAUUUGGUGAAACUAAUGGACGAGCUGGAACUGAGUUCUCAAUCGCCGGACUUUAAUGUAUCUAGUGUAGAUGGCAAGGUCCUUCGUUACUACCUCAGUUGUCGUGGAUCGCCGCGGAAUAUGGAUAGUUUAAGCGAGUAUCUGAAAGUGAUUUCCCCCGGCGAAGGACUCACAUGGCCUCAGUUCAUUCCGGACGGUAGUUCUUGGCCCCAGGAAAAAUUCAAAUGGCUCGAGACACUGGCUCAUCUGCAUCGCUACGGUCUAACUAACGUGUUUUUCAACCUUGAAGUCGUGUCGAACCCACGAAAUGCCACCGAGUACAUGGUAGAAUUAAAUACACCCACUUUCGGAGAAGAAUCUCAACUGCCGAACAGUUUUAUUGAAAUUCUAUCCGUUCUGUAUGUCAUGAAGGUUCCUUCCGGUGAAAUCAUUACUCUGGCUCGAAAAAUACGCACGCUUGAAUUGUCGCUUGAAUUGAUGAUCAAUCCGAUCGACAGACCGAAUAAUAGAUACAUUAGUAUCCGCGAUUUUGAGAUGGAAACCGGUCACAACUGGCAGCGUUUCUUUGAGAUUUUAAUAGGCUCCAGCGCAGCCCCAGAACUCCAAGUGUUGGUGCGCAAUUUUAGGUACUUUACCAGCCUUAAGGAACUAAUGGACAAACAGGAUGCCCGGCUGGUGGCCAGCUACAUAAUGACCCGACUUGCAAUAUUUCUAUUUGAUGAAACCACGGGUGGCAGCGAAUCCACGGAGUGUGUGUCACAGGUCCGCCGCAACAUGAAUUUGGCUGCAAGCAUGCUCUAUAAGGAACGAUUUUUCGAACACUCCGCUUUCAGUGUCCAUGUCCUGGAAAUUAAGGACAUUUUCGAGAAACUACGCCAUCAGUUUCUGCAGCAAGUCGAUCAAAAUCAUCUGGAGUUGACUGCUUUGCAGAAGAAAUUCGUCGUUGGAAAGGCAGAGGCAAUUGAGAUCAACGUUGGGAAUCUUCCAAGAACCGAUAAUCUUCGCCAGUUCGUCGGCCAGUACUACCAAGACCUGCAGUUUCCCACUGGCGAUCUGGAUUACCAUCAGCUGCACCUCAAUGUGCUGCAGUUUCGCACCCAAAAGAUGUUGGCCCAAUCCAGCAAAGCGCACUCAGAGGAGCAGAAUAUUUUGACUUACAGGAGCCAAGCAGCGCCAUUGCCUCCACCUCAGCCAUUCUUUCAGCUGGACAGCGAAGAUGUCUUCAAAUACAGCCUGAUGGGAUAUAUUUUGGCACAUCACUUGAUAAGCGCCUUUGCCACCGAGGGCAUUACUAUUGGCAGCGAUGGAAACGAUCAACCAUUCAGAUCGCAUCGUUUCGAAGAAGCAGUCAGUUGCUUGUCACGCAGUUCAGAGAACAUCGAUGAAACCAUGGGCGAUAUUGCCGGUCUAGAACUGGCCUAUUCCACUUAUGCCAAGAUGGCCAAGAAUCGAAACCGUUUGGAGUUCACCCAUUUGCCGCCGGAGCAGAUAUUCUUCCUAAAUGCCGGCCAGUUCUUCUGCGGCAAUAGCGAUAUGUUGGCUCAGUACAAGGAAGAUCAAGUGCUUUUACAGAGAGCUAUCGAUGGGUUUGAGCCAUUUGACAGGGCUUUUGGGUGCAACCGCAAUAAGCCUCAGCACGAGAAGUGUCGUUUAUGGUGAAUACCCUGUACAUAUGCUU